AUGUCGGGGGACAACGCACCUGAGGUGGCUUCCGACGCUUUUCUCAGGAAGAUCACUGAGCCCUGGCACCUCUCUGUCUAUGUUGGAGAGACUGUAGAGGCAGAAACCGUCAUCGACCUUAUGUACACCUUCUCUCCGCUUAUGCUUUCUAUGGUUCCUGAAUUGGCUAAGUGCAUCUCCUGCCGGAGCGAUGUUUUCUACAGUGCAAGCAUAACUGAUGAUGCCAUAGGCGUUUACAAAAGCUGCAAUUGCUGCCAGGGAAAAGAAGGAAAGAUUUCUGAUUUCAAGCAUGCAUUGAACAAACCAGAGCUUUGUAGGGCGCUGCGAGCUUUAUCCACGGUCUCUACAGCAUUUGAAGUGGUCCUCGCAUAUCUCUACCGUUGCCUAGAGCCAUCCGCUGCGAAGUUAGCCAUCGCUGUUUGGGUACCAUCUCGGGACCUUAGGCUCCAGCGAUCAGGGAAGUAUACUGAUUUGGGGUACUGUAUGCAUAAGCUCCUGGACGAUCUACAUAGAGAUUUGUCACGUUACUGCAUCAAUGGAAACACCUCUCUUCACUUCGCCGUUAUAGCGGACGAAGAUACCUGCAAGGAUCUCUUUAGUUGUGUCCGCAAAUAUCCCGACAUGCUCCUUGUCAUGACGUCUCAGCCGGAGAGCGUAGACAUGGUCCGUGCCCGACAAAUAGCUCACGAAGGCGUGACCACGCUCGAGUCGGGUGACUAUCCUUGA